AUGCGCAAGCUCAAGGCCAUUAUCCUGACAUCGGCGCUGGCGCACCACAGGCUGGCUUUGGAGACGGAGCUGCGAAUGGCAGCCCUGGCUCAGGCGCCCUUUCUUCUGUGGAGUGGCGCUGGGUCCAAGACCUCUCCUGAGAAGCGAUGGCGAUCAGGGGCGGUACCACAACCACCCUCCUUUGAUGGCGACAUCGAGGCCGACCCUUACUGCUAUCGCCACUACAAGCGCCGUCUUCUGCGUUGGGUCGAGAUAACCAAAGAAUAUCUCCCGGGGAACGAGCAAGCUCUUCGGGCUCUUGAGAACCUCAAGGGCGAGGCCGAGGUCGAGAUGGAAGAGGUGGAGGACAGUCGGUACAACGUGCCGAACGGCAUCCAGCUGCUCCUUCAGGACCUUGAAAAGAGCUUCGGGGCCAAGGAGAUGUUCCGCCAAGGGGGCACGAUUCGGGAGUUUGAGAAUGUGGGACGUCUUCAGGGCGAAAGCGUACAUGCUUUCGUAAGAAGGUUUCGUCUGCUAGAACGCAAGCUGAAGGACAACCAGGUCCCCGAGUACCCCGAGGUUGCCCGCGUGAUCAAGCUCCUUGACGGCUUGAGGCUGGAUGAGAAGAGUGUUUCGGCUUUACUGCUGGCCUUCCACGUCUUCGAGCUGACCGACGCGGCCGAGGCCGCGGCGCACUGGAACACCACGUGGGAGGAAGCCGAGGACCCUCCUGCGGAAGCUGAUGGUGGUGAUCAUCCUACCGAUGAUUUCGUGCCGUACUACGAAGAAGGUGCUCCUGCGGAAGAGGAGGCCGAGGACCCGGCAACCUACGACGGCGAGGACCACGUCGACGACGAGGACGAUGGCGCUGCUUGGGGCGACUACGAGGCUGGUGAUGGGGACUUUGAUGAGAAUGAGGACCUACAUGAGCUUAUGCAGGCCCUGACGGUCACCAGCAAACGCCUAGCAGGUUUGGUCCAGGCCCGCGGCUUUUACCAGACCGAUGGAAAGGGCAAGAGCAAGGGCAAAGGUCAGCCUCCGAAGGGCAAGGGGAAGGGCAAGGUAGACAAUGCCUUGCAGCAGCACGCUGCGAUUGACGGCUUGGUGCUGGAUGCAGAAGGUGCAGCCUCUAUUUGGGCUGUGACGGUGAGUGCCAACGAGCCUCAGCACGACGAUGCCGCAUGGGAUGUCGGAAAACAGCACUACCAGGCACCGUCUUUGUCUGAGUUCGAACCCGUCACCUCUGUGCCCACGAGCCCCAGCAUCCUCCUGCAGUACUAUCAAGGCGACAGUUCAGCUUACAUCAUCGCUGACACGGGGUGCCAAAGGCAGGUAGCAGGCGAAGGCUGGCAUGCUCAGAAACGUUUCGAGAUUGAACCCCUGUGCCGCCUUGAGUACCCCGACGUGUGCAAGUUCAGCUUUGGGCCUAGCGACGCUUUGACAAGUCAGGGGAGGUAUGUGUACCCGGCCGCAAUCGCAGGCAAACCUUUGGCUAUGUGUGUCAGCUCCGUGAAGGCCAAGGCCCCAGCCCUUAUGUCUCGUAAGGCUUUUGAGGCUCUUGGUGCUGUUCCAGAUGUUUAUGCGGGUACUAUUUACUUUCGGGCUUUGCAGUGCAGCUCCCAGUUGUGGCUUUCCCCGUGUGGUCACUUGGCAAUCAGACUUGAUGAGUGGGGAAAGGAAAGCUUCCCAUGGCCACCUUUACAUGUUCCUGAACAGCUGCCGGACGUGAUACAUCCCGACAGCCUUGUGAGCUCGAGUUCGUUGCCUACGAUUGAGAACCUGUUCAACUUCGUCUUCUACGUCAAGCAGAUGGUGAUCCUGUACUCCGCAACAAUGUUGCAUCCAGCCCUGAAGGACAGGGUGAUGCAGACGCAUUUGGUUCCAAGCUCGGCGACCACUUUGCUGUCGACCACGGCGGCCAUGGCAGCUCAGGAAUCUCUGCAAAGCCAGAAGUACAUGCGAACUCCGGAAGCGUGCAACCACCCCUCCGGGAUGAGAGCUUACGGAGCGGCGGGGAUUCGAGUUCGCAUCUGCGACCUCUGCGGAACAAGGUACGUGCUCCUGCCGUCGGGAACCUCAGUGCUGGCCACGCCGAAAGCUUCACCGUCGGCCAAGACACCACUCAACCUCCCCGAGCACGUCAUGGAGGCCAUUCGAGGCAAAAAGCCCGCAACCGGCAAACCUCAGGGAACAAGGUCCCAAGGCUCCUCUCGGCCCUCCUCAACAUCCUCGCCGGCAUAUGCGCCUCCACCUCCACCACGACUUCGUACGAGAUCGUCGACCACGGCGCCGAAAGCGGCUCCGAAGAUGGUGCCCCGAGCCAAGAGCAUGAUGCAGACUGCCUCCGCCGGUUCGAACCUUCCUAUUCCGCGACGGAGGCAAUGGCAUGGCUCGGAGAGCGACCGCAUGAGCACCGGGACCGGAGUUUACCACGAGGACAUGGAUUGGUCAGAGGCGGCAGCCCCGGCCGAGAAUGCGGAAUGGGUGGAACCGAACUGGGCGAUGCCAGACGACUACGACCAGUACGAGGGCUCCGAGAACUCCCAGUUCGAUCCGAACGACCUCAUUCCCCACGACUUCGAGGAGGAGGAGGAGAACGAGGCCUACGACAAGGACGCUGGUGCCUUCAAGGCUAAGACCGGCACGUUGAAGCGCGUCCAUGGCAAUGAGAAGGCCCUGCUGGAUGCUUGGAAGCUGGAGCAACGUGCUUACGAGGUGCGAACUCAAAAGGCACGUUCAGCUCGCGUCUUUGGCUCUGAUCUGAUCGAGAUCUACGGCGGCAACGCAGAGAUCACUCGAGUCGGGCUACAUCAAGCACUACGAGUUCUUCAGCCCAUUGACAAAGUCUACGGCUAUGACUUGGACACCGGGAAGGACUUCGAGGCCCUCCGGAAACUGCUUCUCAAGCACAGGCCCUUCCUGGUGAUCUUUGAGUUUCCGUGCACUUUGUGGUCAAAUAUCCAGCGCCUGAACUACGACAAGCUCAUGCUGGAGGAUCUGCGAGCGAAACAGCUCAGCAGCAUUCGGGAGAUGUGCAAAACUAUUCGGACCGUCCAUGACGGCUAUGGCGGUCACUUCCUGCUGGAGAACCCCGCCUACACACCCUUCUGGCAGCACCCUGAGAUCAUGCGGCUGUAUGACAUUGCCAAUAUGUGGAUUUACGAGUCGGCCAUAUGUGCUGCUACGACCUCCGCGGCAAGGACAACGAACUCCUAA